AUGGGAAUAGAAUCCACUUCAAUCAAGAGUAUUCUUCGGAUUCGCCCGCCCCACAAAGACAAAAGCCUAAGAGUAAGAGAUAAGACAGUUUAUGUAGAUAAGAACAGCCAGGAGGAACUAUCCUUUCUCUUUGAUGCUGCGUACAAAAGUGACAGCACGCAGGAAGACAUAUACAGGAACAUUGAGGUGUAUUUAGACAAUAUUGCAAGGGGAAUAAAUACUUCAAUUCUAGCAUACGGAGCAACAGGCUCAGGGAAAACAUACACAAUGUGUGGAACCUCUGCAGACCCUGGGAUAAUUCCCCGGAUGGCAAGUGAUAUAUUUGGACGAUACACAGAAACCCUUUCUGUCCUGUUUAAGGUUGGAAUAGAAAUGACGUAUAUUGAGAUUUACAACGAAAAAGUGUAUGACCUGCUUGUAGAAGAGCCUGUCUCUCUUCCAGUCAGAGAAGACUCGCAGGGAAGAGUAGUUAUACAAGGUGUUCUGGAGAAAAAGGUCCGGACUGAAAAGGAGUUUGAAGAACUCUUUAACAAGGGCGGUCAUAGAAGAAAGCAAAGAAAAACACUUUUAAACACGGAGAGUAGCAGAAGUCAUGCAGUUGUCACACUUUUCAUCACGCUCUCAACAGACUCAACCAUGGUUAGAACAAAGAUCAAUCUGGUGGACCUAGCAGGAAGUGAAAACAAUAAAAGGACAGGGAAUGAAGGCGUAAGCAUGGUUGAAAGUGCAAGCAUAAACAGAAGUCUUUUUGUGCUUAACAAAGUAAUUGAAAGCUUAGGGCAGGGAAGUGCCAGAAUUCCAUACAGAGACAGCAAACUCACAAGAAUUCUGCAAGAUUCACUAGGCGGUAUGAGUGACUGUGCCCUUAUUGUAAACAUACAGGGAGAUUCAUCUGCUGAGACAAUUAGUACGCUUGCUUUCUCAGGGAAGAGCAGAAAGGUCAAGCUGAAGCCACAGAGCGAGAAGAUUGCCUUUAAUAAAUGGACUGAUAUCGUAAAGGACCCACGGCCUGCUCGUAUGCCCAUACGGGGACACUCUGCCUCUGCUACAUCUCUACGCCCAGUCUACACGCAUGCAGGUAGCUCCAUGGGAUACGGGAAAAAGAGCAGCAGUGAAAAUAGAGCUCCAAACAGCAGUGAAAGAGAAGAAAAAAAGAAGCACAAAAAGUCUGAAGCAGAUCAUACUCUAAAGAAGCCGAGGGAAAAAAAGCAGAAAGUUGCAAGAGAAUACAAGAAACAAAGCAUAGAGGCAAUUUUAGAGAUUGUAAAUAGUCAAGAUUUUCUGAGAAUAAAGUCCCUUCCAAUGAUAGGAGAUCAGCGAGCUGAAAAGAUUAUCAAGUACGCCCAAAAAAACCCCAUCGUAGAUAUCAAUGAACUGCUGCAGGCAGGGAUUACAAAAAAAAUACUCGCCAACUUAGUGAUCUAA